UUGGUUGUACUUAUAGGUACAUAUACGUAUUUUCGGCGUAUUUCGGAUUUUUCGGUUUCGGUCACUGACCUCUGCUCGGUUCGGUUCUAAACAGUUUUCUCGGUGUUAUUUCGGUUAAAAUAACAAUACUUCGGGUUUAUUUUAUCUUAUUUCGGUUGUACUUAUAGGUACAUAUACGUAUUUUCGGCGUAUUUCGGAUUUUUCGGUUUCGGUCACUGACCUCUGCUCGGUUCGGUUCUAAACAGUUUUCUCGGUGUUAUUUCGGUUAAAAUAACAAUACUUCGGGUUUAUUUUAUCUUAUUUCGGUUGUACUUAUAGGUGCAGAUUUGUAUUUUCGGUGUAUUUCGGUUUUUUCGGUUUCGGUCACUGACCUCUGCUCGGUUUCGGUUCUAAACAAUUUUCUCGGUGUUAUUUCGGUUAAAAUAACAAUAUUUCGGAUUUAUUUUAUCUUAUUUCGGGUGUACUUAUAGGUACAGAUUUGUAUUUUCGGCGUAUUUCGGUUUUUUUCGGUUGUGUCGCGCCACUUUCUAUUUUUGUGUAGGUACCUAUUUCGUUGUUGAAUAAAAUAGGUAAUUCAACAUGGCGAAAAAGUUUGAAGUAAAAUUCAAAAUAGAAUGCGAUUGGUUUUUAAAUACAAUUGAUAUGAUUGAUUCAUCGGAGUUUAGCUCAAGUGUAAAAUUAGCGCGGUUACGUAAGUUAACUUCUCAUUUUGAUAACUUAACGGAGGCCUAUGAAUGUUUAUUGGAGGUUGUAACCGAUUCGGAAGUAGUUGCAAAGUACGACGAACAAUAUAAAUGCGCAACUUUACAAUAUGACAAGUUGGAAGCCAAGGCUACGGAGCAUCCACACUCACAGGGUACUUACAUACCUACCACUAGUGCGCCGUUUGCUCGCCUACCGCAAAUUAAUUUGCAAACGUUUGAUGGUGACUUAUUUACAUGGUGCAGUUUUAUAAGUUUGUAUAAUUCGCUAGUGUCGUCUCGUACAGACAUUUCAAAAACCGAGAAGUUUCAUUACCUGUUCUCUCAUUUGCAAAAGGAACCAAGGUCAAUGUUACAACACUUGCCUAUGGUGGAUUCAUCUCUUGAUACGGCUUUGGAGCUUCUGAAAGCACGGUAUGACAACAAACGCUUGCUCGCGGACACGCAUAUAUCGCGUAUUUUGAAUAUUCCGGUAUUGAAAAAGGUUAAUACGUUGCGUACGAGUAUUUUGAACCCGUUACUGGAGUCGACUCGGGCUUUGAAAGGAUUAGGUCUACCUGUGGACAGCUGGUGUUAUAUGCUUGUGCAUAUCAGUUUGUCUAAAUUGCCUAUUGACAUUAGGACUCGGUUCGAACAAAAGUACGGCGGAUUAAGGUGUGAUUUACCAACAUUUGAAAAUUUAACGACAUUUUUACAAAAUGAGUGUAGUUUGCUUGAAACAACGACUACAGGUUGCAUUAAUUCUGAGGUUCCCAAAACAAAAAAUAUUAAUUCGGUUUCGGUAGCUCCGUACAGCACGGACGCUAAACAUAGGUGCGCGUUUUGCUCAAUCGCGGGUCAUGAUAUUGACAUUUGUUAUAAAUUUAAAAACGGGUCUUCUGGUGAGCGUAGAAUGUGGAUACGCAAUAAUGGGCUUUGCUUCAAAUGCUUCGGCCAACACUCGGCGUCUUCUUGUAACCGUCAUGUUCCUUGCGGUCGGUGUGGUAACCUCGGUCACCAUACAUUAAUAUGUACGUUAGAUAUGCAGCCUAGUGCUCGGACGGCAAAAGGUGCACACGUUCAAAAUAAUAAUUCAUAUAAUAAAAACUUUAAUCAGAGCACCCGUAACGAGCGUAUGGUGCAUACUGUGAUGUCUGGCCACCCCGGUCAGGCGCACGACGUGAGGCCGGGCGGUUUCGCUUGUUGUUCGGGCGCGGAUAGCGCGGCAGUUGUCGGUCACGCGCUGCCGUCGGGUUAUUCUGUUCAAUCGGAAUAGCAAUUAGCGCAGAGUAAUGUUUCUUCUAUGCCUACUUUACAAGAUAAUGUUAUUUUACCUACAGUUAUUGUUAAUGUUUUAUCGGGUAAUGGGGAGCUUGUUAAGGCAAGGGCAUUAUUAGAUUUCGGUUCACAGGUUUCGGUUGUUCGUAGCGAUUUUGUUAAUUCACUCGGUUUGAAAAAACAUUACUCUGUGACUCCUUUGUUGGGUGUAGGUGGCACUCACGCUUCGAAUAGUAAUUAUAUUGUUACUAUUAAUUUUCGGUCGGAAAGAAAUAAUAUUUUUUUAUCGGUUAAUGCGGUUGUUUUGAAAACUCCUACCACUUAUGUGGCUAGUCGGCUCGGUAUUUCGGAUAAUUUACGUAUUUCGGAUGAUGGUUUCGGACAUUUAUCGAAGGUCGAUAUUAUUUUCGGUUGUGAUAUUCUCGGUGAAAUUGUAGAAGGGAAUAAGGUCACUUUACGGCCGGGUGGACCUUAUGCCAUUGAUACAAUAUUUGAUUUUGCUAUUUUCGGGCCAUUACGGGGCAAUUAUAAUAAUAAUAAUGUUGUUUGUCGGAAUCGGAAUAUUGAUGUUUUUUCGGGUGUCUCAUUGGUGGACGCGGUUGAGCGGUUCUGGAAGUCGGA